UCACAACUUCCUUCCAAAGCUUCCGACCCUGGAGGCCUGCCCUGGCCGCUACCCCGGUCGGGGCGGGGCGAGCGAGCCAGCCUCACCGUCUUUCGGGCCACCGGGCUAGGGUUGGUUUACCACAGGACAUCGAUGCCCUACACACCAUCGUCAGACUGCCAUUGCACCUAUACCUCCUACACUAUUCCAUCAUUAUCGUCGUCGUCGUUGUCAUCGCUCCUACCUCUCCUCGUUCCCCUCAUCGUCUUUACCUCUAGCACUUGCUGACCGAGCCUCUUCGCUUUGCUUCAUCUCUCCUGCCUCUACCUCUACCACUGCAUUCCUACCUCGUCUUCCACCUCACUUUGGACAUCUUAGCCGGGCUCGACUGCCAUCGGAAGGCCUCUCAACGUCAAGAACGGCAUGCCGCCCUCGAGGAGUGGAGAACGCCUUCAUUCCGGUGGUGAAACAUCAGUUGCGUCCAACUACUCUACCACAUCUGCCUCUUCUUCGACUGCCGCAAACGGCCGCACAAAGGCAUCUAGGGUACCGACAGGGAACAAGUUCGUCGAAGGAAAGCCAAGUCAUCAACAGGGGGGUGCAUUGGCAAGGAAAGCUCUGGGAGACGUGAGCAAUUUGGACAAGGCGUCAGCUUCGGCUGCACACAUGCGAGCUACCUCUCACAAUGGCCACUAUGACGAUGCCGCCUAUAAGCAUAAGCCUGUUGCAGGUGCUCGGCGUGAUGUUGUGGCAGUGACCAAACCCAUCCGAGCCUCUGUCUCCUCAUCACACUUGGAAGCGACUAGCACAAGCAACGCGGCUGCCUCAGCUACGGCGAGGCCAGCGGGAGCCAAGAGGGUCAGGGCCGAGGAGCCUUCCACCUCAGCGGCUUCUUCCCAAGCCGUGCAACAGUCGUCAGCAUACCCAUCAGGUGCUGUCGCCGUGGCUGCUUCAAUGGAAGUCGACCCUUACUUUUCUUCCCGGAGCAAAGGUGCCAAUGCCCGCCAUGAUAUCACAGACGAUGAAGAUAUGAGCGGUGCCGAGGGAGAGGAGGACGAUGAGGAGUACUCGAGCUCGGAAGAGCUUUCAGAAAGCAGCAGCUCGACAGGAGGUCACCACGACCACCACCAGUCCCAUAACGUACACAUCGAUGAUGCGGCUAGCAUCACCUCUGCCGAGGACGACAGUGACGCAGCUCUGGAUCUCAACCUGGACCCCGAGGGCCUCGUGACGCUACCACCACACCUUGAGAAGGAGGCGUGCCGAAGGGUGACAGCGAUCAGCCAUUCCUACGAGCAAGCCGUCGUCCUUCCUCAGAUGGCUCGAUCCGCUGCCGAACGGCAACAGGCUCUUGCUGCCGGAGAGAUCGCAGCUGACAUUGCUGCUCACGACGAUGAGCUUGCUCAGAUGGGCCUCGACCCGGAAGAGGUGCGGGACACCAGCAUGGUCGCCGAGUACGCCAAGGAGAUCUUUUCCUACAUGGCUCGCUGCGAGAUGGAGACACUACCCAACCCUCAUUACAUCUCCUACCAAAACGAGAUCCAAUGGCACAUGAGGGCUACACUUGUCGACUGGCUGCUACAGGUACACAUGCGCUACCACAUGCUUCCGGAGACUCUCUGGAUUGCCGUCAACAUCGUCGACCGUUUCCUCAGCGUCCGUGUGGUGAGCUUGGCCAAGCUCCAGCUCGUCGGCGUGACCGCCAUGUUCAUUGCCGCCAAGUACGAGGAGAUUGUCGCUCCUAGCGUCGACGAGUUCGUCUUCAUGACCGAAGGUGGCUACUCCAAGGACGAGAUCUUCAAGGGAGAGCGCAUCAUCCUGUCCACCCUUGAUUUCAAGGUGUCGAGCUACUGCUCGCCUUACUCUUGGGUGAGGAAGAUCUCCAAGGCUGAUGACUACGACAUUCAGGUCCGAACUCUGGCUAAGUUCCUCAUGGAGGUCACACUCCUCGACCACCGCUUCCUUCGAGCAAAGCCAAGUCUGAUCGCCGCCAUCGGCAUGUUCCUGAGCAAGAAGAUGCUCAAUGGCCAGUGGGAUGAAGGCUUCAUCUACUACUCUGGCUUCUGCGAGGAGCAGCUCAUCCCUGGUGCCAACCUCCUGCUAGAGAAGCUUGCAGACCCUAGCUUUGGCGACCACUUUGUUUGCAGGAAGUACGCGAACCGCAAGUUCCUCAAGGCUAGCAUCUUCGCUAGAGACUGGGCAAGGCGGAACAGCCCAGCAGCAGCACCCGUCGCCACCACGAGCGCAUCGUCCUCGUCAUCGUCGGGCGUCAACGUACCCCAGCAUUCGCAAGAAGGCACAUUCGCCUAGAGCAGGGCGAGAGACAUCUUCGCCGUGCACCUCAUACAUUGCUCCGCUCUCGACUGCACUUCGCCAUUUCCAUUACGCACAUGCAUUUCACCGCACCGCACCGCAUUCGACGCAACCUGCACAGCACUCUAUCCACUAGGCAUGCA